AUGACAAGCAAUUCACCCCACUCUCUAUCCCCUACGCAUCAUUCUAAAACCGUGGAGGAACACGCCCAGGGCACCACCACCACCGAGGGCGGCGGUGCCCUCCAGACAGAGGCAACCAUCGAGAUCCGCAACGAACAAAACGAGAGCGACGACGGAUAUGCCACUGACAGCGACCUGAAUGCUUCGACGUCGCUAGCCUCAAGCGCCUACAACAUCCCCUUUGAAAACGGGCGCAGAUUUCAUAAAUAUCAUGAGGGCAUAUACCUGUUUCCCAACGAUGAGCAGGAACAGGAGCGCGAAGAUAUGAAACAUUCCAUGAUUGUUAAUCUCUGCGGGGGGAAGUUGCACUAUGCUCCGUUUGAGAACCUACAGAUGAUUCUUGAUAUCGGGACCGGAACGGGCGUCUGGGCCAUUGACACAACCGCAUUUCGAUGUAGUGGCCCUAUACAGCCUCUCUGGGUUCCUCCCAAUGUGAGGUUUAUGGUUGAUGUUGCGGGGUGCGCAUGGCUUCAUCCAGACAACCACUUCGAUUUCGUCCAUCUUCGACAUCUGACGUCGUCAAUUAAAGAUUUUCCAAAGCUAUUCAAAGCUGCAUAUGACAAACUAAAACCCGGUGGAUGGAUUGAAAUCCAAGACCUAUAUUUCCAGCCCCAAUGCGACGACGACUCCCUGCCGGCCGAGUACACAUUGGCCAAAUCGCUCCAGUUAAUGGAAGAAGGACUCGCCAGGUUCAAUGUGGACCUCCUGUCCCCCACGAAACACCCGGGAUACAUUCGAGACGCCGGAUUUACGAAUAUUAACGAGCGAAAUUUUUAA